AUGCCAAAAGCCCAAAGAACCAAAUCCAAGCUCAGAUCUAAAGACUCGAGUAUAAGAUCUCGUAAAUCUGCUGUAGACAAUAAACAAGUGAUUGAAAAGCCAUUUGAUAAUGUGCAGAUCACAACAAAGGAGUCUAUAGUUGAAGAACUAGACAAUGUAGCCAGCAAAAACUUGAAGAGAAAGAUUCGUCAUGAUGCAUGGCUUGAAAAGCUAGACACUUCUUAUAACGCAAAGCAACAACAAAAGAAGAAGGCAGACAAAAGAAAGAAUGGAUUGAAGACUGACCUCUCAUCCUUUUCUGAUAUUCUCAACACCAUAAAAAUCGAGCCCAAGAUUCCUGUUCAAGAAGUUGAAGCAGCUACAGCACCAGCGCCAGUUAAACCUGCUGUCCUUCCAUCCACAUCCUUCAAGAGCAAAAAGGCACGGAAAAAGGCAGAAAUGCAAGAAAUCCUUCGAUUUCAAAAAGUUAUGCAGCAUUCGGCCUUUCAACAGAACCCAAUGGCAACUAUUAGACAACAUGUUCAGAACACCUUUGCUAACGAAAUUGCAUAAACCAUAUAUUUUUGCAUUUUGAUAUUCUCAUUUCUCUUGUUCAUCUCAUUAAAUUUUGAUUUUUUUUUCUUUUUUUUUAAAAAAAGUAAAUG